GCUUUUAGAUUCACUUGGAUCUUCACAGUUAGCCUUCAACUUGCUUAUAGUUCGAAUCGCAAACACAAAUCCUCUCCAUAAUCAUGUUCAAGCUGUGUGUUUUCUUUGCUAUCUUGGCUUUUGCCGCCGCUGCACCAGCUCCAGCUCCAGGACCAUCACCAUUGUUCCAGUAUGCUGCAGCACUUCCAGUGGCAUCAAGUAGCCAAUCAAUCGUCCGAAACUACAACACACUUGCUGCUGCACCACUCACAUACGCUGCAGCUCCAGCAUACGCUGCAGCUCCAGCAUACGCUGCAGCUCCAGCCUACGCUUACCAUGCUCAAGCUUACGCCUACCCUGCUCAAUAUUAUAUUUAGAUGAUCAAUAUAUAAUUGAAAACUGGACCACAUCAACAUCAAAUUUUUCAAAAACAGUCCAUACUUUUUUGGAUCUAUCUGCAUCAUAAUUCUAAAUUUAUAUGUUAAUUGAAAAAUAAAACUGCCAUUCAAUCUUAAA